AUGGAGGAAAUUUCUCGGUUCACUACUGUUCAAAAGUCGUCCUACGCAGACUGUACGCAGGAGUACUUGCAGGCGUUGCGGGAAGAGAAGAAUGCAAGAGAAAAGCAUUCAAGGUGUUUCUUUCCCAGAGGUGGAGGUCCUGUAUGUCCUGCUUCAUGGCCGGCAUACUCUGUACUCGAACUCACGUUGAUAUAUGACCAGUUGACAACGGGCACAAGCAAAGACGUGCAAACUUCUGAACGCACUCGGGAAUCAGCGAAGGCAACCUCCGACAUAAAGGUGAUCAUGACCAUGAGCAUGGCGGAUAUAUUCCAGCGGAUGGAGUUCGGAGUCCGAAAGAACCACGGGUCCAAGAUGCAGCUUAGGAAGGGAGAGAGUAGCGCUGCCAAAUUACGGCUCAUCACCAUCCUUCGUACUAUUGUUCCUCUGCACAUGCUAAGUUCGUUUAUUCUGUGUUGUACCAGUGCCGGAGAACACGGCUGUUCUUUCAACGAUCCUUCUCGCAUGCUACGCGCGAUUCAUGGUGCAAAUACUGACAUUCAAGUCCUUUUGUCUUCUCUGCAAGCUGCCCACGAAUACGAAAUGGCCAUCUCCGAUGAUAUCAACCACUCGAAGUCCAUGAUAGUGAAUAUUUCCAAGUUCAACCCUCUACCUUACAGCAACGCACACAGCCCACCCAUGGGCCUCACCGCCGCAACAGAACCUUCGCACAAUCUCCACGAUUGGAUACUACUCUUAAGUAUGACGAAGGCAACAACAAAGAACGGAGGCGAGAAUGAAGAACGGAGGUAUGACCUAGAACUCGAACGAAACCAAAAGUAUGAACAAAAGCACGACCCAUCACUGUCCCGUACUGCAGCACCACGCUAUCAGGAGGCCAGAGUCAGAACAAACCAUGCGUUGAUGCAUGCAGGGAUGUAUGCCUGUAUGCUUAUGAGUGCCGUCAUCGGAGAGCUUGACUAG